AUGGCUCUGCCCCUCCUCUGCCCCUCCAAAUCCUUGAUCAUAAUUUUCUGGUGUUACAAUUGCUGCGCUUUCAUUUCAGAUGUCCUUGAUCGUACGUCCAAGGAAAUCUCUCUUGAUGAUCUGGAACACAUUUGCUGGCACGUCCGCGGUUGCAGGGAGAGAGUCAAGCCCAUACUGCGAGCAUUGUACCCUCGCCAUGAAGGAAUCCCAAACUGCGAAGAGGAUUCCUGCGAUCCUGGUAAUCCAAGAAGCGCCGAAAUCAAGAAGGACCUGCAGUUAAUGAAGGCAUGGAAGGAAUAUUCAAUGACAACGAAACAUGGAUACCAGGAACCUAAGGAGGAUCACAAAGAAGGUGAAAGUGUACAGAUGAGACAACCAACUUCCAGAUGGAUUUGUUGCUGCCAUAAACAACCUAAAUAUCGGCAUGGUGAUGAAAAGAAUGAGCAACAGCCAAUGUUUUCUGCACAGUCCGAAGAGGUAGAACUGGGAGUAGAAAGAUCGUCACCAAACCAAAUGAUUCAACUUUGCCUAGCGUUAGAAAGAGCAGGAAAGGGCGCACAUGGACCUGAUAAGGAAGUCUAUAUUCAACUGGCAAAAACUUUCUUUCUAAUUAAAGAUGAGUACAAGAGGGAAUUGAACAAUGAGGUCAUCAGGGAGUUGGCUCUGAGUAUCACCAAACAACACUACCAGAAUCUUGCAAAAGCCACCAGAAUUUCAGCGGACUCCAUUGCCGAAAAGAAUGCUGAAGACCUCAAAGCGGUGUUCAAAACAGACGUUAUGCUAGAAGGAUGGUUACAGGAGCGAACAGGCAGUAAUUACGAAGUCAGGUGUAGACUGAGGCAAGCAGCAGAACGAUGCAGUCGUCAAGACAUUGCAGAUAUUUUCAUAACCAAAGAACAAAGUGAAUCCAUGGCACCUUUUACAUCACAUCAAGCCUCUGUGACAAUUACAAAUGAGCAACGUCAGGAUGAUAGUGAAACAAAACAUGAUAAAUCCGGGAAUGACACUCCUCUGGCUCAGCAGUCUGCAGACUAUAAAUACCUAGCAAGAGGGACGAAAGGAAUGCAUUCUGAUAUUUCACGAAAAGAACCAAGUGUGCCUGAAAGAACACCAGCUGAGAAAUAUAUUACAGGAAUUUCCAGAGAGGAACUGUAUCGCAUCCUUUGUUAUGGGGGACGAGCAGCUCUUUUGAAAUAUUGGCGUGAGAUGUGCGGAGUUGGGAAAUAUAGGAAUCUGAGUGCGACACUUUCCGACCACGAAAUCAUCUGUAUGCUGAAACCAUUCAUUGACAGUCAACAUUACGAUAUCGUUAAACAACAAAGAGUUAGUAACCCUAUAACGUUUAUGAAACAACUUCUACAGGAGGAACAAAGCCCUAGGGAGAUUCUAAGACAGUAUCUACAAGAUGAAUCUCCGCAGUAUGCGUGUCUUGUAGUAAAAGGGAGAGAAGACGAAAUAUUCAACGUAGAACUCGUUGAAUUAGCUUCUCGUCUUGUCCUAUCAGACGUUUAUCCCUUUGCCAAAGCACUCAACAUCAGUGACGAAAAGUUAACUCGCUACAAACAUAAACUUGGACCUAAAAUUAUACAAGAAGGUACAGGAAAGUUGCUACUCGAGAUGAAAUCUACUGGCAAAACUGGCUUUGAAGAGAGACUGGAAAUGGCGAAUGAUUUGAAGGUAGCUGGAUAUCUGGAAGAGGCUAAGUCGAUAGUGUUUGGAUUUGAAAUCCGCCUGGCGGAUGAAGCAGAAAUAGAAGAGAAGCGAAUCGAUCCAGCGAAAUUGGCAAAGGAGCUCGGUGUUUCUGAUGAUACCAAGCCAGUUGGUCCAGAUGACAGAGAGGAGAGCUGUCAAUCUGUACUUCAAAGAUGGAGAAACAUUGUCCGUCCUUCAUCAUUCAACCAUCGUAUGGUUAUGGCUGAUGCUCUACACAAUCUGGGCGAGAAGGAGCUUGCACUCGGUAUUAUCUCAGGAAAGUUUCGGAACAACGUCAUAAACAGUAGAGUAUCAAAAAUGCUAGCAAAAACCAUUCCAGAGGGAGAAGUGGAUAAACUGACUAGAGUCCUUGGCAAGGAGUUGAAACAAGCUAUAAACCCUUAUGUUAUAAGCGUCUGGGUGACUAUAAAGAAGUAUUUCAGGUUUCCUCAAAAAAGUCCAAUAACAUUGAGUAACGAACUUCUCAAAGCAGGAUUCUAUAAAUUUGCUCAUGAGAUAAUGGCAGGUGGAUGGCAGGAAGCGCACACAGAAGAACAAAUUUCAGAGGAGGAGGCCGGAGAUUAGAAUAAUGACGAUAUUUUGAGUAGUGAUGUUAACCCUAAGCAGGAAGAUCAAGGUAUACAUAUGAAUUUAUUUAUAAAUGAUUCUUAUGCUGUCCUAUAUACUUAAACGGAAAAUAGUGUACUAAGUUUACUUAGGAAUUAAACUGACUAUAUUUUCGAGAUGGCAGAGUAUUUCAAAAUGCAGUAUUGCUAAUGGAUGUAAUUGCUGGCUUUGUCUUACAAAUAGUUGUGAUUGAUCUGUCCAGUCACACCUAUGGCAAGCCAUUAUCGCCCACAUUUACAAUGCAUAUGUCUCUUAAAAUAUCUUAUAACUGGGAAGUAUAGUUGUGCAUGCAUACUUAUCUUAACAACUUUGUUCUUGUGUUUCUAAAUUAACCAAAAAAAUAAAAUGUCAAUUAGAUGAAGAAGUGUGACAUUGUUGGAUUUCCAUUGCCAAAAUUGAGUGGAUUAAUUACAAUUCUUUGUCAGACGGGGUCCAAAUGUGUAUUGCUAUCUUUGCCAGUAUAAAAGAAUGCCUCGCAUGCAUUGCAGACGACAGCCGCGUCGUCAACAGCAAAUCUUAACCCAAGUUUAAGUUUUUGAAAUGACAUCAUAUUUGAGAAAUUAUAGAGACUUAGUUCAUAAAUCCUGGGGCCCGUUGCAUAAAACUUUUUACCUGAGAAAACUCGGGUUGUUUUUACCGGAGUUUUUGCCCUGUGUUAAAGUCAAUGGCAGAAAUCAGACUAAUCUUAGUUUUCAGUUUUUACCAGAUAUUUCUCAGGUAAACAGUUUUAUGCAACGGGCCCCGGGACAUUAGGGCAAACAAGUAUCACUGAGCACCCUGUGCAGGUUUCAGGUCAAAUGACCAAGGUCAAAGGUCAUUUAUGGUCAAUGAACUUAGACAAUAUGGGGGAAUCAAUAUCGAAAUCUUAACAUAAGAUUAAGUUUUUAAAAUGUCAUAAUAACGUUAACAAGUGGAUGGACCUAGUUCAUGAAACUUACACACAAGGGUUAUGAAGUGUUACUGCACAUCCUGUCUGGGUUUCAGGACACGUGACCAAGGCCAAAGGUCAUUUAGGGUCAACGAACUUUAAAAUGUAGGGGAUAUAGUUGAAUUUCCAUCAUAACUUUUGAUGUUUAUGGAGCUAGUUCAUAGAACUUCGACAUAAGAGUAAUCAAGUAUCACUAAGCACCCUUUGCAGGUUUCAGGUCACAUGACCAAGGUAAAAGGUCAUUUCGGGUCAAUGAACUUUGGCAAUGUUGUAGGUAAUUGUUGAAUUGCCAUCAUAACUUUAAAGUUUAUGGAUAUAGUUAAUGAAAUGUGGACAUAGGGGUAAUCCAUUGUCAUUGCUUAUCUUGCACAAGUCGUACGUCACGUGAUCAAGGUCAAAUGUCAUUUAGGGUCAAUGAACUUAGUAGCAUAUUAUCAUAUGAAUGGUGUUUUUGUGAAUAAUUAUUUUAUAGUCAUUUUCAAAGUCCGCACUGCUGCUAUAUUGAAUCGCGAGACUGCCAGAACGCUCCACUUGUUUAACAAAUGAAAAUAUAACUUGAAAUUUUGUAAUAAUUUACAGCAUGAAACGAAGGAGAGAAUGAAAAGAGUGAAGCCAAUUUGGAUCGAACAUAAUUUUCUGCCAAGCACUUCUGUAUAGAUUCUACAGUUAUAUAACUACAGUAGACUAAUGAGGCCGGAUUUGAUUUUUUGUAUACCUAUCAGCAUCAUUUUAUUUGUUUUUUUCUCAUUCAGUGUUGUCAAUAUCUUUUUGCGCCAUGCCUCAUAAAUGUUUUUUUCUUCUGUAAAGGUCCAUAUCCAUCUUACACAAUUUUGAAUAUUUUGUGUGACUUUGUAAAUAUAAAUCGACAUUACGGUUGAAUGAAAUUAAAUUGAAUUGAAUAAUUUUUAUAGAUGAAUUGAAAGAAAAAAAGGAGACUGUCAAAGCAGAAAGUCAAGGAGAGGAUGUUGUAAGCAAAAAGAAUGAUGAUAACAUGACUCAAAAUGUUAACUCUUUGAAGGAAGGCCCAGAUACAGAUGAUUGAAUUGAUUUUUUCUUUAUAUUAACGUAUGAUAAAUUGGUUCAUAAAAUGCUUUACCUGUGUAAAUUUAAACUUCAGAUAUACUGAAUGUCAAGUCUCAACAGGGCAGGGGCGGAUCCAGGAUUUUCCAAAGGGGGGAGGUAAAUUUUUCGGAGGAAAAUUUUGACAAGCCAAAAACAGGUUUUCAACCACAAAUUAAGGAUAUUUCGUACCCGAAAAAAUUUGACAAGCAAAAAAAAGAAAAAAGUUUUCAACCACAAAUUAAUGGUAUUUCGUACUCUGAAAAAAUUGACGAGCAAAAAAAGAAAAGGUUUUCAACCACCGUCCAAAUUAAGGGUAUUUCGUACCCGAAAAAAAUUG